AUGAGUAGCAAAGGCAAAGAGGUAGAGGGGAUUAAGAGGAUUGUGAUCCACGGAGGUCAAUACGUGCAAUACAACUUGUACGGAAACUUGUUCGAGGUCUCCUCCAAGUAUGUCCCUCCGAUUCGCCCUAUCGGAAGAGGCGCAUACGGCAUCGUUUGUGCUGCUGUUAAUUGCGAUACGCACGAGGAAGUUGCCAUCAAAAAGAUUGGCAACGCCUUUGACAACAUCAUUGACGCUAAACGGACUUUAAGGGAGAUUAAGCUCCUUCGCCACAUGGACCAUGAAAAUAUAAUUGGUAUUAGGGAUAUCAUACGACCUCCCAGAAAGGAUGCCUUUAAUGAUGUUUACAUUGUUUAUGAAUUGAUGGACACUGACCUUCACCAGAUCAUCCGUUCUGACCAACCUCUUAACCAUGACCACUGUCAGUACUUUCUAUAUCAGCUGUUACGGGGGCUGAAAUAUGUGCACUCUGCUAGUGUCUUGCACCGCGAUCUUAAGCCCAGUAAUUUGCUUCUGAAUGCGAACUGUGAUCUUAAAAUUGCUGACUUUGGUUUGGCAAGGACAACAUCUGAAACGGAUUUCAUGACGGAGUAUGUGGUCACCCGGUGGUACCGUGCCCCGGAAUUGCUCCUCAAUUGUUCGGAGUACACUUCUGCAAUUGACGUUUGGUCUGUUGGUUGCAUAUUUGGUGAGAUUUUGACAAGAGAACCCUUGUUUCCUGGGAAAGAUUAUGUUCAUCAACUGAGACUUAUAACGGAGUUAUUAGGUUCACCUGAUGAUGCUAGUCUUGAAUUUCUCCGAAGCGAAAAUGCCAAAAGAUAUGUUCGACAGCUUCCAUCAUAUAGAAAGCAAAAUUUCUCGGCUAGAUUCCCAAAUAUGUCUCCUGAGGCAUUGGAUUUACUAGAGAAGAUGCUUAUCUUUGAUCCCAACAAACGCAUUACAGUUGAUGAAGCCCUAUGUCACCCAUAUCUUAAAUCACUUCAUGACAUCAAUGAUGAACCAGUUGGUCCUGGGAAAUUCAAUUUUGAUUUUGAGCAGCCAACAUGCACUGAAGAGCACAUCAAGGAGCUAAUCUGGAGGGAAUCAGUGAAGUACAAUCCUGAUCCACCCAGUCAUCGCUGGCAAAACUGGAUCCAUCGUUGGGUUGUUUGCAUGAACUGUGACAUUCCCUUUGAACUGUCACGCAUAUGGAAGGCAAAUGCGUCAUCUUCUCUAGUCCCUGAAAUUGCAAUAUAUUGCACAAUUCGCACCCGUUGA